AUAAACAAGAAUUUCUAUCUGUGUAAAAUACACGUUACCUACACGUAUAAGUUUGAAAGGAGGUCCAUUUUUGGCACCCAAUUUUGGUUUAGGAGCGAGCCCUUUUCUCUUACCUUUUUUUCUUUCUUUCUGAAUCUAUCCAUUCUUCAUCAUCUUCUAAUUUUUUUUUCAGAAUCUGGCAAUAAGCAAUACUAGUAGCUAUUCUCAAUUGAAUAAGCAACCCUGUAAAGUCAAUAAAGAUAGAGUGAUUUCAGCUGAAUGAACACACCCGUUUGUUAUCUCGUGUUGAAUUUGAGCAUUUUGGUCGGUUCUGGGAAUUUGAAUUCGAUAUUAACGUUCACUUGAGCUCAAUUGAGAUACGUUUUUUAUACUUUCUGGUGAAUUUGAAUUGUUUGGUCAUUUUUCGCGAUUGAAUUGAAUAAAGAUAUUAUUUGAGCUCAGCAAAGGUACUCUUUUGAUGUCUUGUCGAUCUUGGGAAGUUUGUACCCUAAAUUUGUGAUCUUUAUGUAAAAGAAUAUUAAUAGCAGUCUGCUUACUUUUCUACAUUGAUGGAUAAUUACAAUUCUCAAUCUCCAUCUCCCUAUGGGAGUUAUGGGUAUCCUUCUAUGCCACCAUCUUCAAAUCCACCAUACCCUCCUUCCAGCUCUGUUCAAUAUCCACCUCCAGCUUCUGGACAGUAUCCAUAUCCUCCAUACCCUCAUUAUCCUCCAUCAGGCACCGGAUAUGCCAUCCCUCAUACUUAUGGAUAUCCACCAGCAUCAUCGGCACCAAGUGUACCUCCUCCUGGAGCACCACAUCCACGCCCUUUUGAAUAUGGAUACCUCUCCCCAUCACAUUCUGGCCAUCUUUCAUAUCCAUACCAGGGAUAUCCGGUUUAUUCCAAUCCAUCUCCUCAACAUCAGAGUCAUCCAUCUCACGUUAAUGAGGUGUCCAUACUCGAACGCCAAGACAGUUCACUAUCUGCGGCUGGAUCAUCAGCACAUUAUGAUCAUGGAGGUCACAAUGUUAGUUCCUAUCCCCCAGUUUAUCCUCCUAUUGAUGACCUGUUAGCCAGUGUGCACCUGUCAAACAAUAAACCAUCUGCUGCAUCUCAACCUCUAAACAACCCUUCUGCCCCCGCAUCUCCUCCUGCUCCUGCCACACAUUUGGACCCUAGUGUACCUCAGAAAUAUCAUUCAGGGCCACUACCAGUUACUACAAAGUAUAAUGAUCAAGGGACGAUAUAUGGUGUCCCAAAUCACUCCUUUUCUGGUGGUCGGAUUGAGACUCCUCCUUAUCCUUCUUCACCCAGCCCUAACAUCUAUGUUAGUAUACCUCAGAGCCCAAAUCUGCAGCUUGUGCCAGUUCCAUCUCCUAAAGGAUCGUUAAAAGUGCUGCUUUUGCAUGGAAAUUUGGAUAUAUGGAUCUAUGAAGCAAAACAUCUUCCAAAUAUGGACAUGUUCCACAAAACAUUAGGGGAUAUGUUUAACAGAUUACCUGGCAAUAUGAACACCAAGAUUGAAGGGCACAUGAACCAUAAGAUAACAAGCGAUCCCUAUGUCUCUAUUGCAGUAGCUGGUGCUACAGUUGGAAGGACAUAUGUAAUAAGCAAUAGCGAAAAUCCUGUGUGGAUGCAACAUUUCAAUGUACCAGUUGCUCAUCAUGCUGCUGAAGUUCACUUUGUGGUGAAGGAUAAUGAUGUAGUGGGAUCUCAGCUUAUUGGAACUGUCGCAAUUCCAGUGGAGCAUAUAUAUGGAGGAGGGAAAGUUGAAGGGCGUUUUCCAAUCCUUGGUAACAAUGGAAAGCCCUGCAAGGCUGGAGCUGUUUUGAGUGUUUCAAUACAAUAUACCCCAAUAGAGAAAUUGAGCAUUUAUCAUUAUGGAGUCGGAGCAGGUCCAGAGUAUAGCGGUGUUCCUGGUACAUACUUUCCGCUUAGAAAGGGAGGGACCGUUACUCUUUAUCAAGAUGCUCAUGUGCCUGAUGGAUACCUUCCAAAUCUGAAGCUAGAGAAUGGUAUGCAAUAUGCCCAUGGAAAGUGCUGGCAUGACAUAUUUGAUGCAAUUCGGCAAGCCCGUAGACUGAUAUACAUUACCGGAUGGUCAGUAUGGCACAACGUUAGACUGGUUAGAGAUGAAAGUUCUCUCGCUGGUUACACCUUGGGGGAGCUGCUGAAGUCAAAGUCACAGGAAGGAGUGAGAGUUCUGCUUCUUGUAUGGGACGACCCUACAUCAAGAAGCAUCCUCGGUUACAAAACAGAUGGAGUCAUGCAAACUCACGAUGAAGAAACUCGCCGUUUCUUUAAACACUCUUCUGUGCAAGUUCUACUUUGCCCACGUGUGGCUGGAAAACGUCACAGCUGGUACAAACAGAGGGAAGUUGGAGUAAUCUACACGCACCAUCAGAAGUCUGUGAUAGUAGAUGCUGAUGCUGGUAACAAUAGAAGAAGAAUCAUUUCUUUCAUUGGAGGACUUGACAUAUGUGAUGGGCGAUACGAUACUCCACAGCAUCCCAUAUUCAGAACUCUGCAAACAACUCAUGUGGAUGACUAUCAUAAUCCUACCUUUGCGGGGAAUGUGGCUGGUUGUCCUAGAGAAGCAUGGCAUGACAUGCACUGCAAAAUUGAUGGUCCGGCAGCAUAUGAUGUUCUUACAAACUUUGAAGAGCGCUGGAUGAAGGCGUCAAAGCCACAGGGCAUUAAGAAGUUGAAAGUAUCAUUUGACGAUUCUUUGCUUCGCUUGGAAAGGCUGCCAGACAUACUGGGGGCAUCUGAUACCCCCUGCAUUGUUGACAAUAAUCCUGAAUCUUGGCACGUUCAGAUUUUUCGAUCAAUUGAUUCAAAUUCUGUAAAACGCUUUCCAAAGGAUCCUAAAGAAGCUACACUGAAGAACUUGGUUUGUGGGAAGAAUGUACUUAUUGAUAUGAGCAUACAUACAGCAUAUGUAAAGGCCAUUCGUGCUGCCCAACAUUUCAUUUACAUCGAAAAUCAGUAUUUCAUUGGCUCCUCGUACAAUUGGGGUCAACAUAGGGACCUUGGUGCAAACAAUUUGAUUCCAAUGGAAAUUGCCCUUAAAAUUGCCAACAAGAUCAGGGCACAUGAGAGGUUUGCUGCAUAUAUUGUCAUCCCAAUGUGGCCAGAGGGCAAUCCAACUGGUGCUGCUACACAAAGGAUUCUAUUUUGGCAGCAUAAAACAAUGCAAAUGAUGUAUGAGACGAUCUACAAGGCGUUAGUGGAAGUUGGGCUGGAGGAUGCCUUCUCGCCACAAGAUUUUUUAAACUUUUAUUGCCUUGGAAAUCGAGAGGUUCUUGACACGAGUGAUGCAUCAAGCACUGAAAGUCAUGGUCCAGCAAACACUCCUCAGGCACUAAGUCGUAAAAGCCGAAGAUUCAUGAUUUAUGUGCAUUCGAAAGGUAUGAUAGUGGAUGAUGAAUAUAUUAUUAUAGGGUCUGCAAACAUUAAUCAGCGGUCCAUGGAGGGCAUGAGAGACACGGAGAUUGCAAUGGGUGCCUAUCAGCCUCACCAUACGUGGGCAAGAAAUCGGUCGAGUCCACAUGGACAGAUUUAUGGGUAUAGAAUGUCUCUGUGGGCUGAACAUCUUGGAGUUAUUGAGGAUUGCUUUACUCAACCGGAGUCUGUAGAAUGUGUCCGACGGGUUAAAACGAUGGGCGAAGCAAAUUGGAACCGAUAUGCUGCUCCAGAGGUAACAGAAAUGAGGGCGCACCUGCUGAAGUACCCUGUGGAAGUAGACCGGACAGGCAAGGUGAGGCCGCUUCCAGGACAUGAAAGUUUCCCGGAUGUCGGAGGCAACAUUGUGGGAUCAUUUCUUGCCAUUCAAGAAAAUCUUACCAUCUAAGUUCUCUCUUUGCUACAUAGAUCACAAUUUAUAGCCCCUUCCCCUUCUUAUUUAUCUCAAUUUGCGGCUCUGAUCACAUGCUGCUAUUCCAGUGGUUGGCAUGAGGUUGGGUAAAUUUUUGCAAGGUCUACACAACAAGGGUUUGGAAUGAUCACAAGGGCUGAUUUUGACAUGUUUUUCAAGCAAGACAUUGCUGCAUUUAGAUACUACUGUUUAGUGCAAUGUACAUAGAGUCGCUGUAUAGAUCUUCUUUUGCUAUGAUAUCUUAGGUAUGGCGCUUGUUGUAUUAACUCUUAUCUAGUUGUGCUUUUUAUAAUCUGCCUGCAAGUGAAGAAUUUUUCGUUUAA